GACGAAUCCCCGGCAGUGAUUGGAUGUGAUUUGAUUGACGUGUGACGUGUGUUCCUGUGUGUCUGACUCCAGGAAGUGUUUACAGGAUCUCAGCUGGUGUGUUUGAGUCUUAGACGAUGAAUUACGUGGGUCAGUUGGCAGGGACGGUGUUUGUGACUUUUAAAGAGCUGUAUCGAGGACUGAACCCAGCCACGCUCACAGGAGGCAUCGAUGUCAUCGUUGUUCGACAGCCGGAUGGAAGUUUCCAGUGCUCGCCCUUCCACGUGCGCUUCGGAAAACUGGGAGUGCUGCGAUCUAAAGAGAAAGUGGUGGAUAUUGAGAUCAAUGGAGAACCUGUGAGUCUACAUAUGAAACUGGGUGAUAAUGGAGAGGCUUUUUUCGUGGAAGAGAAUGACGAUUUUGAGAUGAGGGUUCCUGCUCAUCUCUGCACCUCUCCCAUCCCCACUGACCUUACAGAAGUUUUUGAGGUCCCUGAAACUCUCUCCAGCCUCCCUUCUUCCUCCAAUCGCCGCAAGAAACGCCGCAGAAAGCGAGUGCGUUCUGAAACACAUCUGGAUGUCACAUCCUCAUCUGAGGAGAAAGAAAGUCUGGACCAGGACAUUAUUAAGGAGGAGUCACCUAUGGUGGCCAGUAAGUCUAUAUAUUACUCGAUGUCAGAGGAACCCAACGAAGAACCUGCUGGAGCUCAAAACAGAGAAGUUCAUCCUUACUCGGAUGGAGAAUAUUCUCUUAAUGAGAGUGUGUACUACAGUCGACCCUCGUCUCCUAAGAGUGAUUCAGAGCUGUGUAAGCCGCAGGAGCCUUUAGGACCUCAGAUGCAGUGGAACUGGGGCGCUUUUCCAAAGGUGUGUCAGGCAGAAAGGGAGGAGUCUGAUGCCCAACGAGACCCCAUCAUGCCCUCUGACCACUCCCACUUUCGUACGAUUCAUCGGCAAGAAUCAUUUGACACGGAGAAGUCGGAUUCCCCUGUGACCGUGUUGAGACCAGAACCUCAGAUUGGUACGACCAGCUCUCUUCUUGAUGAAUGUUACGAUUCACAGCCGGACGUCAAGGACAACAAAACGCAUGUCGUGACCUUGCGGUUUGCCGAUGAUUCCUUUGAAAAACCAUUUUUAGAGAGCGAAGCCAAAGACUUAACAGAUAACAGAAUUAGAUGCAUAGACAAUGAAGCUGAAACCUCAAGACCCACUAAUACAAUUCAUCAGACCAAUCCCGUCAACAGCAACGCUAGUACAGAUAGCACGGUUCACAUUGAAAACACAGAGCCGUGGGAUCAUGAUGACAUCAUCUCGGGUGACUCCAAAAGUCAACGUGUUACGUUUAGUAAGACUGACGCGGUUAAAAUAUUAGAAGCAGAAACUGUUAUAAACUCUGCUGACUUGAUCACUGCCACACCAAAGCCAAUCGGCCAAAGCUCUAUAGACAAAACGUUGGAGUCAGAAGAGGGGGCGGAGCUAGAGACCUUCCAGACCAAUCAGAAUGCUGAGAAUGUUGGAUCGACGCUAAAUCUGGAGUCUAUCAUCGAACCAGAGGAUCAGAUGGUUCCUGUAGAGUCUUCUAAACUAUCAGACCCUCAGGACAAAAGGAAAGUCAAGCGAAGUCAUCAUUUGGGACCAUCUGAUAUCUAUCUAGAAGAUUUAUCCACUCUUGACCCCACCACUGCUGCUUUAUAUUUCCCUAAGAGCGAGUUGGAGCCUCCAGAGCCGUCUCCUCCGUCACCUCAGUCACUUAACAGCGGCAAUGUAGACAGCGGCACAGAAUAUCUGUCCGACUCCACGACAGACGCGCUGGAUGUGACCAUGUCCCUGUGUGGACGAGGAGAUAUCAGUCAGAUCAGUAAAGAUAAGUUCAUGGAGCAUCUUAUCAAGUUUCAAGAUUUUGUCAACAACCCUGGAAUUGUUGAAGAUCCAAACCUGGUCAUCUGCAUUAACUCAAAAUAUUAUAAUUGGGCUGUGGCUGCUCCCAUGAUUUUGUCAGUUCAAGCUUUCCAAAAGAAUUUACCAAAGAGCACCAUUGAGCGACUCGUCAAAGAUAAGAUGCCCAAGAAGUCGGGCCGCUGGUGGUUCUCCUGGAGAAGAAAAGAUUUGAACAAUAUUGAGAGAAACCCAAAGCCCGAAUCUGAGGCGAAUCCUCUUGAAACUUCUGCCUCCAUCGCUGGACCUUCUUCACUGCAGAAGUCUGUUGAACUCUCGAGUGAUGAUGACGGAUCUCUCUCCAUGAGCCAGAAAACUGACAACGCGAUACAGAUCAUCAGUCAGACGUACCGUAAAUCCCUACGGCUGACCUCCGAACAGAUCGAGAGUUUAAAUCUGCGUGAGGGAGCCAAUCAGGUGGUGUUCAGCGUGACCACACAGUAUCAGGGUACGUGUCGCUGCGAGGCCGCCAUUUACCUGUGGAACUACGAUGACAAGAUCGUCAUCUCAGACAUUGAUGGGACCAUCACAAAGUCAGAUGCACUGGGUCACAUUUUACCACAGCUCGGGAAAGACUGGACUCAUCAUGGCAUCGCCAAACUAUAUCACAAAAUACACGAGAAUGGAUACAAGUUCCUGUACUGUUCGGCUCGAGCUAUAGGCAUGGCAGACAUCACUAAAGGUUAUUUACAGUGGGUCAAUGACAGAGGAACGGUUCUACCCAAAGGACCGGUGUUACUGGCUCCCAGCAGUCUGUUUUCAGCGCUACACAGGGAGGUGAUCGAGAAGAAGCCAGAGGUUUUUAAGAUCGCCUGUCUCACGGAUAUCAGAGAUCUUUUCCAUCCCAACAGACGGCCUUUCUACGCCGCGUUCGGCAACCGAACUAAUGAUGCCUACGCAUAUAAAGAAGUUGGCGUCCCAGAGACUCAUAUUUUCACCGUGAACCCAAAAGGAGAACUCAUCCAGGAGAAGACCAGAGGCAACAAAUCCUCAUAUUCUCAUCUCAGCGAGCUGGUGGAUCAUGUCUUUCCCUUCAUCUGUAAAGAUCCCAUCUCAUCCUUCGACUGUCCCGAGUUCAGUCAGUUUUCAUACUGGAGAGAUCCUUUACCUCCGUUGGACCUCGAUGCCCUCACCUAGACUCAACAUCUGCCUGUUUGUGUCUCUACUGGAAUCAUUUGGAUGUGCUUGUACUUUCUUAACAUUUCCAUAAAGUUUAUGUAGUCACAAACACCCACUGGAUAUUCAUACAAUGAUCCUGCAUGAAUACAAUCUAAGACUAAAGCCUUGAAAAAUGAUUGAUCGAGAGAUGUGCAUUCGUAAUGGAUAAACACUACAUUUCAUACUUUAUCUUUUUACUCGUAUACUCUAACAUAUAGCAAACGCGAUUCGUUGAAUGAUGCCAUUGUGUGCCUUCACAUAAGCAUGUGCACUUUAAUUAGAUUAUCAUCAAAGAGAGCGAUGUGGAUCUCAUUUCAAGUUCUCUACCAAAUAAUGACCUUCAAAUGGGUUUUUAAUUACAUUUUUAAUAUUUACUUUCUGGGACUGGCUACUAUUAGUGUGUUAAUGUUUUUAUAUGCAUAUAGAGCUCAGUUGUAAUUUUAUUUAUUUUGAGCAUCCAGGUUUAGCUAAAACAAGGACUAUCUGGUACAUACUGUAUUCAUUUACCUUCUGUUUGUGUUUAACAGGACAUCGAAACAAUAAAUUAAUUUGUGUGAUAA